CUAUUGGCAAUGCAAUUAUGUACACACAACAUUCAAUCAAAUUACAAACAUAUCUUGACACAUAACUUGUGAUGACCACAAUGUCAAUUAUGAAUCAACUUUGUUUUAAAUUGAUUCAAAUCAUAUUUCUCAUGUGUUUGUUGUUUCAAGCAUACCAACUUGUUUGUUCAAAAGAGGUUGUUAGGUGCAUACAAAGUGAGAGGCAAGCACUUCUACAAUUCAAAGCUGGCCUUAUUGAUGAAUAUGACAACAUGCUGUCAUCUUGGACGACAGAAGAUUGCUGCCAAUGGAAGGGAAUUGGUUGCAGCAACGUCACUGGUCAUGUAAUUAUGCUCGACCUUCAUGGUAAUUAUGAUCAUUAUAAUUAUGAUUAUAAUUACCAUAUCAGCGGUGAUAUCCACAAGUCACUGAUGGAGUUGCAACAGUUACAAUAUUUGAACUUCAGUAGAAAUAAUUUUGAAGGCAAUUCUAUACCAGGUUUCUUUGGAUCUUUAAGAAACCUAAGAUACCUUGAUCUUUCAUAUUGUUAUUUUCGAGGACAAAUUCCUAUUCAAUUGGAGUCUCUUUCACAUUUGAAAUACUUGAAUCUUUCCUACAAUCUUCUAGAUGGUUUGAUUCCUCAUCGACUUGGAGAUCUCUCCAACUUGCAAUUUCUUGAUCUCAGCAACAAUUAUUUGGAAGGAAGCAUUCCAUCUCAACUUGGAAAGCUUACAAACCUACAAGAGCUUUAUCUUAGUGGUCUGACUAUUGACAACGAAGAUCACAAUGGAGGUCAGUGGUUGUCUAAUCUUACUUCUUUAACCCAUCUUCACAUGUGGUCGAUAUCUAAUCUUAAUAAAUCUAAUAGUUGGUUGAAAAUGGUUGGUAAGUUACCAAAUCUAAGAGAACUAAGUUUAAGAUAUUGUGACCUUUCUGAUCAUUUUAUCCAUUCAUUGAGUCAAUCCAAGUUCAACUUUUCAACUUCUCUUUCUAUCCUUGAUCUCUCUUGGAACAACUUUGCAUCAUCCUUGAUAUUCCAAUGGGUGUCAAACAUAAGUUCUAAUCUUGUUGAGCUUGACCUUAGUGUUAAUGACAUGGUGGAUCUCCCAUCAAAUAGUUUUUCCUGUAGUCUUCCAAAAUUGAGAGAACUAAGAUUAUCUUGGAACAAGUUCACAUCAUUCAUGAUACUCCAUUCAUUGUCAAACAUAAGUUCCAAUCUUGUUGAGCUUGACCUUUCUCAGAACCGUUUGGAGGAUCCUCCAUCAUAUGGUUAUGGCACAGUGAUGAACUCGCUUCAGGAGAUUGACCUAUCAUACAAUAAAUUGAAGGGUGUGGCAUUUAAAUCCUUCAUGAAUGUAUGCACCUUACGUUCUUUAAAUCUGAUUCAAAACAAUUUCACAGAAGACCUUCAAACAAUUCUUCGCAAUUUGUCUAGCGGUUGUGUUAGAAACUCACUUCAAGUGUUAGACCUCAGUUCUAAUGGAAUCAUUGGAACACUACCUGACCUUUCUGCAUUCACAUCAUUGAAAACAUUGGAUCUUUCUUCCAAUCAACUAACUGGAGAGAUCCCUGGUCUUCAAACAAUUCUUCGCAAUUUGUCUAGCGGUUGUGUUAGAAACUCACUUCAAGUGUUAGACCUCAGUUCUAAUGGAAUCAUUGGAACACUACCUGACCUUUCUGCAUUCACAUCAUUGAAAACAUUGGAUCUUUCUUCCAAUCAACUAACUGGAGAGAUCCCUGGUCUUCAAACAAUUCUUCGCAAUUUGUCUAGCGGUUGUGUUAGAAACUCACUUCAAGUGUUAGACCUCAGUUCUAAUGGAAUCAUUGGAACACUACCUGACCUUUCUGCAUUCACAUCAUUGAAAACAUUGGAUCUUUCUUCCAAUCAACUAACUGGAGAGAUCCCUGGUCUUCAAACAAUUCUUCGCAAUUUGUCUAGCGGUUGUGUUAGAAACUCACUUCAAGUGUUAGACCUCAGUGAUAACAGAAUCACUGGAACACUACCUGACCUUUCUGCAUUCACAUCAUUGAAAACAUUGUAUCUUUCUUCCAAUCAACUAACUGGAGAGAUCCCUGGUCUUCAAACAAUUCUUCGCAAUUUGUCUAGCGGUUGUGUUAGAAACUCACUUCAAGUGUUAGACCUCAGUGAUAACAGAAUCACUGGAACACUACCUGACCUUUCUGCAUUCACAUCAUUGAAAACAUUGGAUCUUUCUUCCAAUCAACUAAGUGGAGAGAUCCCUGGGGGUAGUAGCCUGCCAUAUCAGUUGGAACAUUUAUCCAUCACAUCAAACACUUUAGAAGGGGUAAUUCCUAAAUCAUUUUGGAUGAAUGCAUGUAAGUUGAAAUCAUUGAAAAUGUCCAAUAACAGUUUCAGUGGUGAGCUUCAAGUAAUAAUCCAUCACUUAUCUAGAUGUGCUAGAUACUCACUCCAAGAAUUAGAUCUAAGCAGUAAUAAAAUCAAUGGCACACUACCUGAUCUCUCAAUAUUCUCAUUUUUGGAAAUAUUCGAUAUUUCUGAAAAUAGCCUAAACGGGAAGAUAUCUGAAGAUAUUCGAUUUCCAACCAAACUAAGGACACUACAAAUGAGUUCAAACUCUAUGAAUGGUGUGAUCUCUGAAUUUCAUUUUUCUGGUAUGUCAAUGUUAAAGGAAUUAGACUUGUCAGACAAUUCACUAGCAUUGAGAUUUACUGAAAAUUGGGUCCCACCUUUUCAACUGAACAGUAUAGGAUUGAGAUCAAGCAAACUUGGUCUUACAUUUCCUAAAUGGAUUCAGACACAAAAGUACCUGCUGGAUCUUGAUAUUUCGAAGGCUGGAAUUUCAGAUAAUGUUCCAGAGUGGUUUUGGGCUAAACUAUCAUCACAAGAAUGCAACAGCAUCAAUAUUUCAAACAAUAAUCUCAAAGGUUCAAUUCCAAAUCUUCAAGUCAAAAAUCACUGUUCUCUUUUAUCUCUUUCAUCAAAUGAAUUUGAAGGGCCUAUUCCAGCAUUUUUACAAGGUUCUGCACUUAUUGAUUUGUCCAAAAACAAAUUUUCAGAUUCUCGCCCAUUCCUUUGUGCAAAUGGUAUAAAUGAAAUCUUAGCUCAGUUUGAUGUUUCAAAUAAUCAAUUAUCUGGACGAAUUCCAGACUGUUGGAGCAAUUUCAAGUCAUUAGUUUAUGUAGAUUUGAGCCACAACAAUUUUUCAGGGAAGAUUCCAACUUCAAUGGGAUCACUUGUAAUACUGCGAGCAUUACUAUUGAGGAACAACAACUUGACAGGGGAGAUCCCUUUCUCCUUAAUGAACUGCACACAGUUAGUAAUGCUUGACAUGAGAGACAAUAGAUUAGAAGGACACAUCCCUUAUUGGAUUGGAAGCGAAUUAAAAGAGUUGCAAGUUUUAAGCUUAAAAGGGAAUUACUUCUUUGGAAGUUUACCAUUGGAACUCUGCCAUCUACAAUUCAUUCAAUUUUUUGAUCUCUCAUUAAACAGUCUAUCUGGACGAAUUCCCAAAUGCAUUAAAAAUCUCACUUCAAUGACUCAAAAAGAUUCUUCAGAUGGUUUUACCUAUCAUUUUUAUUUUAUAAGAUCAGAAUAUGCAUAUGAAUUGAAUGCAUUGUUGACAUGGAAAGGUGUAGAACAUGUCUUCAACAACAAUGGAUUGGUUCUUUUAAAAGUCAUAGAUCUCUCAAGUAAUCAUUUUUCAGAAGAGAUUCCACCUGAAAUAGCAGAUUUGAUUCAAUUGGUCUCAUUGAAUUUAUCAAGAAACAACUUCACAGGGAAAAUUCCAUCAAAUAUUGGAAAUCUAACUUCACUUGACUCUCUUGAUUUGUCUCGAAAUAAGUUGCUUGGUUCAAUUCCUCCUAGUCUCUCUCAAAUAGACUGGCUUAGUGUGUUAGAUCUGUCACAUAAUCAAUUAUCUGGAGAGAUUCCAACGAGUACACAACUACAAAGUUUCAACGCCACAAGUUACGAAGAUAAUCUUGAUCUUUGUGGUCCACCACUUGUAAAAUUGUGUACUCAGGGGGAGCCACCACAUGAUCCAAAAGAAGUUCAAGAUGAUGAAGAUUUGCUUCUCAAUCGUGGAUUUUACAUCAGUCUGACAUUUGGAUUUAUUAUAGGCUUCUGGGGCGUUUUUGGUUCAAUCCUAAUCAAGCGUUCUUGGAGACAUGCUUAUUUCAAGUUCAUGAACAAUUUAGUGGAUAAUAUUUACGUCAAAUGCAGAUGAUGGCUCAAUGAUUAACUGGGUGGCAGAAUACUGUGCAUCUUUACUGAAGGGUACUCGAUAGUUCGUUGGUGGUGGAUCAGAUUAAGGUCUGUGCAGUAAAAGUCCUACUCUAGAAAGAUGAAUGGUUUAUGAUUUAUUUGCAUUGUAACUAUUCGGAGAUGAUUUCUCCUUGCUCCCAACAUGUCUCAAAACACUAUUUUUCUUUAAUAUACAAUCUGGACGUGCAAACGACACCCUGUUUUACACAUCCGGAUUGUGUAAUCCGGACAAAUUUAGUGUUUUGAGAGACGUUGAGGGGAGAGGAGAAACAAUCCACUAGGAAAUAGAUUGUUGGGGUGUAUCUUUGUAAUAUGUGGUUAUGUCAUUUUUCUCUUAUGUAUUAGUCUCUUGUUGAAUUGAGUUGUAACUUGCACUACCUUUUGUAUUCUCUGUCAUUUAUUUAUGCAAUAAACAUUUGUGAAGUAUUCAACGAGUAAAA